CCUCCCACCUGCAAGGCAGAAAGUGGCUGGUGCUGGAAAGGGGUGGGAGCAGCCAUCAGUAUUGAAACAUCUCAAGGGUGCAAGACUAGGAAGGUUCUGUGUGGAAUACUGCUGGGCUGGACAGAAAGGCCAAACCGCAGCAGAACGUGCUGGAAAUCCCACAGGGGCUUGUCGGAAUCCUCUCUUGCUGAACGAAAAGGACGAUGGGUGCAGGGGCCAGUGCAGAGGAAAAACACUCCCGUGAGCUGGAGAAGAAACUGAAGGAAGAUGCUGAGAUGGAUGCCAGGACAGUCAAGCUACUGCUUCUUGGAGCUGGAGAAUCAGGGAAAAGCACCAUUGUCAAGCAAAUGAAAAUUAUCCACCAGGAUGGUUACUCAUUAGAGGAAUGCUUGGAGUUCAUCUCCAUUAUUUACAGCAAUACUUUGCAGUCCAUGUUGGCCAUUGUGAGGGCCAUGGGCACACUCAACAUCCAGUAUGGAGACUCAGCCAGGCAGGAUGAUUCCCGCAAGCUGCAGCACUUAGCAGACACCAUUGAAGAAGGCUCCAUGUCGAAGGAGAUGUCCGACAUUAUCUGCCGGCUCUGGGAGGACAUCGGCAUCCAAGCCUGCUUUGAGAGGGCCUCAGAGUAUCAGCUGAAUGACUCAGCUGGCUAUUACCUGAGUGACCUGCCACGACUAGUGGCCCCUGGAUAUGUCCCCACAGAGCAGGAUGUUCUCCGCUCCAGGGUUAAGACCACGGGCAUAAUUGAAUCCCAGUUUUCCUUCAAGGACCUCCACUUCAGGAUGUUUGACGUGGGCGGCCAGCGCUCAGAACGCAAGAAGUGGAUCCACUGCUUUGAAGGAGUCACUUGCAUAAUCUUCAUUGCUGCCCUAAGCGCCUACGACAUGGUCCUGGUGGAGGAUGACGAUGUGAAUCGCAUGCAUGAGAGCCUGCACCUCUUCAACAGUAUCUGCAACCACCGCUACUUUGCCACCACCUCCAUUGUUCUUUUCCUCAACAAGAAAGACGUUUUCCAGGAAAAGAUCAAGAAGGCACACCUCAGCAUCUGCUUUCCAGAUUACGAUGGGUCCAAUACCUACGAAGAUGCCGGUGCUUACAUCAAGUUGCAGUUCCUGGAGCUGAACAUAAGGAAGGAUGUGAAGGAAAUCUACUCACACAUGACCUGUGCCACAGACACCCAGAAUGUCAAGUUUGUCUUUGAUGCUGUCACUGACAUAAUCAUCAAAGAAAAUCUUAAGGAUUGUGGCCUUUUCUGACUGCAGGUGGGUUUUUCUCCCUGGUUGGUCAACUCUAUGCAGUGGGUUAGCCAAGACCCCACUUUCCUAGUGCAAAUGGUUAGGCGGAUCCUGUUGUAUUAUUUGAUUGUGCAAUGAGAAGUAAAGCAGCCUUCUGCAGCAGAGCAGGGCAGACUCUUGGCGUCACCACUGAACCAUUUUUUGGGGGGAGGGGGGGAAAGGCCUGUAUCUCAAUAUUGGAGCAUAAAUACUUUUAACAUAGAACUGUGUUUCUCCAAAAAUAAGACACCGUCUUAUAUUCAUUUUUCCUCAAAAAAACACACAGUGGCUUAUUUUCAGGGGAUGUCUUUUUUAUUAUUAAGUAUGGUACAGUUUAACCUACAAGGUUAAACUGCCUAUCACUAUGGCUUAUUUUUGGGGUUUGGCUAAUUUUUGGGGUAUGGCUUAUUUUCGGAGAAA